AUGCAAUCUGCAAAAUCAGAAUCUGAUAUAACUAGUUUAGCUCCUUCAUCUCCAUCAAGAUCUCCGAAGAGACCUGUAUAUUAUGUACAAAGUCCUUCAAGAGAUUCACACGAUGGAGAUAAGUCAUCUGUCAUGCAUGCUACUCCAAUAUCAAAUAGUCCUAUGGAGUCUCCUUCGCAUCCUUCGUUCGGGCGCCACUCGAGGAACUCGUCUGGUAGUAGGUUUUCGGGGAUUUUCAGGUCGUCUUCGAGUAGGAAAGGUGGUAGGAAGAGGAAUGAUAAAGGUUGGCCUGAGUGUGGUGUGAUUCUUGAAGAAGGAUCUUAUCGGGAAUUCGAGGAUAAGGCUUUUGCGAGACGCUUUCAAGCUUUGAUUGCUGUGUUUAGUUUUGUGCUUGUUUUUACUGUGUUUUGUUUGAUCAUUUGGGGGGCUAGCAGACCUUACAAAGCAGAAGUUACUGUCAAGAGCUUGACAGUACAUAAUCUAUAUGUUUGGGAGGGUACAGACUUUACUGGUGUGCCAACAAAAAUUGUGACACUUAAUAGCACUAUGCACAUCAACAUUUAUAACCCUGCUACAUUUUUUGGCAUCCAUGUUCACUCUUCACCCAUCAAUCUUGUUUACUCAGAAAUCAGUAUCGCAACCGGCGAGUUGAAGAAACACUAUCAGCCACGAAAAAGUCACCGGAUUGUAUCAGUGAACUUAGAAGGUAACAAGAUUCCACUUUAUGGAGCAGGAUCAAGCAUGACAGUUUCGCAAACGGGUAGCGUUGAAGUAGCACUUGUAUUGAAGUUUGAAAUCAGUUCGCGCGGAGAUGUGGUUGGGAAAUUGGUAAGGACGACGCAUCGUAAGGAAAUUGCAUGUCCUUUGGUUAUUAAUUCUUCUGGAACAAAACCUAUUAAGUUCAAGAAGGAUUCAUGCACAUAUGAGUGA